AUGGUGCAAUCAAACGGUGAACAGGGAUCACCCGAUGCCGCAUUUUUCAAAGACAUCAUGGCCUUGAAUCUACCUGGUACCUUUUGUGCACAUGAUGGCUAUAGCUCAAAGAGGCAAAAAAUUUGCAGGUCAAUUUUAGUUUCUGGACAAACAUGCAACACCCACUCCUUUCUCGAGUCAGACUCUGAAAGGUGUGAAGUUCCAGGUGCUGACUUUGGCUGCAGUGGACUGCCCUGCACGGACAUGUCAAGGGCUGGGAAGAGACAAUUGCGACAUGGCCCCACAAAUGGUGUCUACAUGACCCACGGAAAGUACGUUGAAUCCAAACAGGUCCCCAUCUUCGUCCUUGAAUGUACACCAGAUUUGGACAUGACAAUGGUCGAGGAUACGCAUCCCUCCUAUGACCUGUUCCAGAUGUUCUUGUCAACUUCAGACUCUGGGCAUGCUGUGGCGAAGAGGGAUCGAACCUAUGUCAUUUGCUCCCACCAAGAGCAUACUUCAUGCACUUAUGACCCGGAAUGGAUGCUGAGUCUGAUUUCUCGGAGGAUGAAAUCAAAAGUACAGACGGUUCCCAGUGAUUACUUCCUGGCUACAAUUUUUGAAGUUCAACAAGAGGCUCAACAACUUGCUAUCCGUAGAAAGAUCCCAUUCCAACCAUGUUGCAACAACAUGGAAUAUCUCCUCACUCAACGGGAGGAAAAUGCAUUGCGUUCCUAUGAAAAGGCAUACUUUGAUGAAUACAGACGUAGCGCCAAAAGUGACCCUGAUUUGAUAUUUUUUUUAGGAGACGAUGGGUCCACUUGGCGCACAUGGAGCGCGAAAAGUGGCGCCAUCCCGACUUUCAGAAGAAACUGCAAGUCCGGUUUGUUCUGGAUUCCAUCCUUGGGGAGAUUUUUGACCUCCCGGGAGAAACUUGCUGCUUUGUCCUGGCCUGUAGACCACCAUAUCUCCCAGGCAAUGAACUGCCAGCCAGUCGGCAGUCAGGACAUCCUGCGGGCUGCAGAUAUUGCUGGCAAUGCCAUGCAUUUUGCAUCGGUAGGGCUUGCCCAGCUUUUGGCACUCAGCUGUUUUCGGCCAAUGACUUGA